AUUAUGAAUCCUUUGCAGAAUUGCAGGGAGCCAGCCCUGGGGUGACCCAGCCAAUUUUGCACAUGCUGUGCCUGCCCUGAGGUGGCCAUCUCGUCAUCUAUAUGGCCAUGGCUGCUGAGGAAACAGUCAGUACUGAAAGAUACCCACCCUAGCCUUGCCUUUCAUGUAUUUCUGCGGCCCGAUCGGUUCUAAAUGCCGCCGUAGGCGACGUAGGACCAUAGUCGGAGCCUUGGCCACGUGGAGGAGAGGCACGAGGCUUCAAGGUCCUCACUUUGACCAUCACCAAAUACUCUGAAUAUGGAGAUUGCUGGCUACACCCUGGGAUGUGCUGUAAGUGAGGACUGCACGUAUCAUGUGGCCCUAAUGCUUUGAUCCUCGCCACAUAUUUCGAUUAGAAUGGGUGCGGUGGACCUAUAUCUAGGCUUGAGGAGGCACGCGCAUGAACAAAACUCUGCCCACGACUUAACGUUCGCCUCACUCCUCCCUGAUACAUUCAGUGCCCUAAAGCAUCAUCAACAACAUGUCGCGAUCGUUGACGGAGCCCGGCAUUUCCCUGCCAAAAGAAGCAGCGUCAACAGAGUCUCCUAAAGAGAACUCCAUGUCCGACAGGGCCAUCCCUGACGCAGAGAAAAUCCAUCAACCCACGGGGGAAAAGUCCAUCGGAGUGCAACGAAUCGAAGGGAUUGCAAGUAUCCUCACCACGCCAACCCGCAUCGUCCUCCUUGUGAGCAUAUUCUUCGUCGGAUACGCCUACGGCUUGGAUGCCACUCUGCGCAAUGUCUAUACGGCAUAUGCAACGGCCAGCUAUCGGGAACAUUCGCUCCUGUCAACGGUCUUUGUUCUUCGAAGAGUCUUUGCCGCUGCGGCGCAGGUUACCUCUGCUAGGCUCGCCGAUGGAUUUGGCCGUGUCGAGGUCAUCGCGCUUGCGAUUCUGUUCUACGAAGUCGGAACUAUUGUUUCGGCCACGGCUACUAAUGUUGAUGCUUACGCCGCUGGCGCUGUCAUCUGGCAAGUCGGCAUGACUACCGUUCAAACCCUUGUGGCGGUCGUCAUUGCCGACCUGACUUCAGCGCGAAGCCGUCUGCUGGCCAUUUACGUGCCUAAUCUCCAUUUCGCCAUCACUACCUGGGUGUCCGGGAACAUCACCGAGUCAGUCCUUCGCGACACGACCUGGCAAUGGGGCAUUGGGAUGUGGGGUAUCAUCUUCCUGGUCUGCGUGACCCCCCUGAUCGCCACUCUGUUAUUCCUGGACCGACGGGCGCGACGAAGCUCUCCCCAACGCUCCUCGGCCAAGAGACUCUCUCUAGUGCAGACCUUUUGGCAUCUCGACAUCAUUGGUCUAGUUCUCCUCAUCGCCAUCCUGGCGCUCAUCCUUACUCCGUUUACAAUCGCCGGCGGCGCUCAGCGAACUUGGAAAACAGCUCACGUCAUUGCUCCGCUGGUUAUCGGCUUCUUAUGCGUCCCGGUGUUUGUAUUUUGGCAACGGAAGGCACCCUUCCCGGUCUUCCCAUUCCGGUAUAUGAAGGACCGCGCCGUGUGGAGUCCGUUGGCGGUGUCGAUUUUGACCAAUUUUGCCUACGCCAUGCAAGCUAACUACUUGUACACCCUGCUAAUCGUCGCAUUCGACUUCUCCAUUACUGCCGCAACCCGCAUCUCGACUCUAUACCUCUUCACCUCCUUCAUCACCGGUCCCAUCUGCGGAGUUCUCGUCUACUGGAUCCGGCACCUAAAGUACCUAGUCGUGGCCGGUACUGUCCUCUUUUUGGUGGCGUUCGGACUCCUGAUUCGAUAUCGUGGUGAUACAUCAACAUCUUCCCGCUCGGGAAUUAUUGGAGCCGAGGUGCUGCUCGGUAUCGCCGGAGGUAUGUUUCCGUAUGCUGCAUUGUCGUCUAUGCAAGUCAGUCUUAAGCACGAACAUAUGGCAGUCAUGACGGGUAUCUUCCUGGCCAGUCAUAGCGUUGGUUCUGCGCUAGGGGGCAGCGUUUCGGGGGCCAUUUGGUCGCAGGUGUUGCCAUCAACCCUGGCAGAGAAUCUCUCAUUCCAAUCAAAUACGACUUUGCCCAUGAUGGUAUAUGGCAACCCGUUCGCCAUGGUCGCUCAAUAUCCCGUCGGCACGGAGAUUCGAGCAGCUAUUGUCAACAGCUAUCGUCAUGUACAAUUGCUACUCUGCAUCACGGGCCUGUGCCUCUGUAUUCCCCUAAUCGGGCUGGCCUUCUUGUUCCGUAAUCCCAAACUCACCGACAAGCAAACACUUGCACCCGAGGAUGACCAGCCAGCUGAUGUCAGUCGUCGAGAGGGAAGAGCUGAUUCGAGCUCGUGACUGCGGCAUGCUGCUGGCAGAGCCAAGCCGGAAUCUAUGUGAAACCCUCGGUGGCGCCGCUUUGUCUUACGACUGAAUCAGUAUAUAACUCUCAUUUCGAAACCCAUUCUCUUUCAUUGACACGACUAGAACAGUCGCGAGAAUCAUCACUGGACUGCGUGUCUUUGACUUUUUAAUUGCACAAGCUCGUCAGUCCUUAGAAUCGACAAUUAUCAACCCAGGUUUUUCAGCAACUAGUGUGCAUCUCAUAGGACCAAUCUAGGGGCAAGAAGCUAUCUAAAAUGUCAUUUUUCCUGCCUGAUUCCUGCCUACAGCGUUUUCCCUGUUGAUUCGAUGUUGUCUUUGCCAUUCCUGCCUUCUCGAAGCCGCUCAAAGGACCAUCGCACAGUGGAACUAUCCUGACGAUCAUCUGCAAAAACCAUCCGGCUCAACAAGACAUCAAUAUCAUUAGUUGGAAGUCGCAUGCCAGACAUGAUUCUAGAUCUUCGCUCAGCGGCCUUCAGCAUGGCUGAACCGGGGCUGGGCGCCGCUUGCAGGUUGAAGCUGUACAGGAGGACGACGAGAGACCCGAGGAUCAUGUCGAAAACAAAGUGUCGACCAGGGCAGAUCGAGCUACCGACUCCAAAGGGAGCGUAUGAGCCUGGGUGAUGGUCAUGCAGCGAUUUCAGCCAUCGGUCCGGCCGGAACUGCAAUACAUCGGCUCCCCAGUUCUUCGAAUUCUUGUGAAUGGUCUCGGUCGGCACGUAGACGAGACUCCCAAUUUUCAGCAAGCACCCAUCAGCCGUCUCGAAAUCCUCCACCACCUUAUACGCCCUGGCCGAAGAGGCAUGGAGGCGAAGUGCUUCUUGGUAAGUUGCGUCUAAGAUGGGGCAGCGUUUUCGAGUCUGUCCAAUGUCAAAUCCAAGCUGGUGCUCUUCUUGUUGGACAAAGUCGCCUAUCUCCUCGUCAAUUUGUUCCGAAAAAGAUCCAUGUUCUGCUAUUAUAAUAUGUGCCAAUAUCCAGAACACGGCGGGGACGGUGUUGCGGAGCAGACCGUUGAGCAGCUCGAGUUCGGAGCGACCCAGAUAAUCGCGCGACAGGCCAUAUUUCUUGCUGGUCUCCCAGCGUCGACCCCGUCUUGUCGGGGAUCUUCCAGGCAUUCUCCCAGGACUUGUACCAGGCGUUCUCGAGCUUGAAAAGCAUCGGGAACAAUGUAUUUGGGAAAGAACUGUAGCAGAAAUGGCGAAAUCUUGGAGUCCCAGGGACUUGGUCGGUGGGCGUGCCCUGGGCGCCAGCUGGCGAUUCAUGAGAACAAGAUCUUGAUGUAUAUGUUCUUCUGCCGGUUCGACAUUCGACUCAAGGGAAAUAGCUUCCGGGUGACGAAUACAAUCAACACCACUUCGGUGCCCCCAGAAUCCACCUUGCUGUUUAGAAGAAGAACAUGAUGGCAAGGCAAAUGGUUAGGGGCACAGGUAGUGAGACAAUAGCGUGAAGAAAUACGACAACGCGGCUUUUCUCAAGUCGACGAGGACUUCGUCACAGACGCUGAAUUUCCGAGCAUCACGUAGGUUUUCCUUUGGGGUAUAUCUCUGUCUCUGUCUCUUUUCAUAUCAUAGCUAUGAACAAGUCUUCCGAAUCUACUACUGCUUCUUUCGCUCCUCCAAAAACGCUUUGAUAGCUCCCUUCUGUCAAUCGCCAACACCUUUGUACAAGGGUUGGUAUCAUCU